AUGAGUAUAUUAGCAGACCUUAGGAAAGACUGCCCACAGCAACAAUCUGGCAUGAUCUGGAGAGUGACAGGGGGCCUGUACAGCAUCACCCGAGGAGCCGUGGGGGCAACGCUGGGGGGAGUGGCUUGGGUUGGUAGCAAAGGCUUUGAACUCACCAAAACAGCAGUGACCAGCGUCCCUACAGCCAGCGUUGGACUAGUAAAGGGCAGUGUCUCAGCAGUGACCAGUGGCGUGGGAGCUGUUGGCAGUGCAGUGGCCAGCAAAGUCCCUUUCACCACAAAGAAGAAGGACAAGGCCGACUAGACCCUUCCUUUUGACAGAUCACUUAGUCCCUGAUCUUCCUCACUGCAAUACCAUUUUGUUUUGGAUCACAAACACAUACAAGGGAGAGCAGACCUCCUAGCCAUGGCUGAGGUUCAGUUUUUUUAGCUUGGA